GAGGCUGUUGCCCAGACACGGGAACGGAGAGGAUGUUUACACUCAAGGAAGAGAAUGACAGACCGGCUUUGGUGGGAGCCUGGAAUCCAUCCCUACUACAGACAGGGGAAGCAAGGCGAGGUGCGGCAAAGAAGGGGCAGUGUUAAUAUGGCAGAAUAACCAUGGGAGACUGGAAUUUCCUUGGAGGCAUUUUAGAGGAGGUCCACAUUCACUCCACUAUUAUUGGAAAGAUCUGGCUAACAAUCCUGUUCAUAUUUCGAAUGCUUGUCCUUGGAGUGGCAACCGAGAAUGUUUGGAAUGAUGAACAAUCAGAAUUUAUAUGCAAUACUGAGCAGCCUGGUUGCAGAAACGUGUGCUAUGACGAGGCCUUUCCCAUCUCUCUCAUAAGAUACUGGGUCUUGCAAGUUAUAUUUGUGUCUUCCCCUUCCUUGGUGUAUAUGGGUCAUGCCUUAUACAGACUAAGAGCCUUGGAAAAAGAGAGGCAAAAAAAGAAAGCUCAGGUAAAGGUGAAACUUGAAAGCACUGAAUUGGAAAUGACUGAAAAUCGUAAAAGACUGGAGAGAGAACUCCGGCAAUUGGAUCAAAGAAAGCUCAACAAAGCCCCCCUAAGGGGCUCUCUGCUCUGCACUUACGUGAUACAUAUUUUUACGAGAUCUGCAGUGGAAGUUGGCUUUAUGAUUGGGCAGUAUCUUCUUUACGGUUUUCACUUAGAUCCCCUUUAUAAAUGUCAGAGAGACCCAUGUCCAAACACAGUUGACUGCUUUGUAUCUAGACCGACAGAAAAGACAGUGUUUCUAUUAUUCAUGCAAUCAAUAGCAACUGUAUCAUUGCUUUUAAGUAUUCUAGAAAUUAUCCACUUAGGAUUCCGGAAAAUUAAAAUGGGACUCUGCGAGCAGAAUAAAAACAAGGAUGACUCUGACAAUUUCUACACAAACAAAUCUAAGAAAUAUUCUGUGAUACCGCAGUCUUCUUUGGCAAUAUCCACCAGCCCUCAGAAAACACUUCCUUGUGCUCUUAGCAGUUACACCUUUUUGAUGGAAAAGCAAACUGACACUAUGCUCUACCCAGUUUUAAAUUCUCCUUCCGUGUUUCAGUCUGUGCAAAAUAACCGUACAGAAAGCAGCAGCAACUACACCCAUUGCAAUCAGGAAAACAAAUCCCCGAAGAGGAGGCCAGCUACAAAUGCUUUAGACAAUCGGACUCAAAAUGCUAGCACAAAUAACAACGAAGGCUUUGGCAAGCUUUGGACUGAGAUGCAUGAUGCACAAGAAGAGGCUGAAAAGAAACAUUUUCUUCUUGUUCCUCAGAAUGCAGACACAGCUUCAAACAGGUACUUGAGAAGCUUUGCUGAGAUGCCAUCUCAAACUUCAUUGCAACCUGAUACAACUUUUCCUAGUACUGCUUUUAGACGACAGGCAAUGGUUGAGAGCACAGGAGCACCAACAAAUUCUCUUCCAAAGAACAGUGACAGAAGACAAAGCAGUUUCAGCGGAAACAAAGCCCAAAUUCCUUACAAUGCUGAUGUAAAAAAUUCCAGCCGACCAGACACGUCUGAUUCUAUGGGGGUCGUGAGCUCAGAAUCUACACAAAGCAGAAACUGGAGUAGUCCAAAGCUUCUCUCCCUGUCUAGGCAGCAGUCCCUGUCAAGUAAUGCCAGCAGUAGGCGUGCCCCCACUGAUCUCCAAAUAUAGGGUGAGUUACAUGGGCUGCACGAUGCUGGGAUAAUCCCUGAGCAGGGACGUGCUAGCAGAAAAAGAGCCAAAACCCCUAAAAGACUCUUUUGCUUGUAGCAGCAACAUUAAUUUGGUCCUGUCCACAUAAGAAACACCCACUAGAACUAUUAAAACUAUUCGCUGUAGAUUUCUCUCCAGCAAGUAUCCUUUCCAUUUCUAGUUUUGUUCUAUGUGUAUACAUAAAUACAGCCCUACACAAUUGUGUUUGCACUGUAAAAUUUCAGAUUGUGCAAUAUACUGGAACGUACAUAAAUGUAUAGUGUGACUUAGGCAAGUUAAUGCUGCUGCUGUGGCUUUGAUUCUUGCAUUUCUUGAUGCUUAAGAUUCUGUGGGCAAUAGCUCC